AUGCGGGACUUGUCCAAAGGCUCUCCUCACCGCCGCGCGCGUGUGUCUGCGUGUCUGGUGCUCUCUGACGGAGUCUCUCCUUCACCCCCCCCCCCCCCCCCCCACCCAUCCCCUCCGGUCACUCAACCCCUCAGCAGUGAAGUGCAGUCGGACGCACAGGACCAGCAGCAAAACGGCGGACAGGAUUCUUCUCUGGAGUGCGUGGCCACCACAGAGCAACAUGUUCCCAGCGUGGAGCCGCAGACUCCGCGCCCGGGGAUCGACGGCACCAGCCCGGCUCAAGUGGAUGAUGUCCCACCUUAUUUCAAGAUGGAACCUCCUCAGACCCAGGUUCACCUGGAGAGAAACCGCCUGGUCCUAACCUGCAUGGCAGAGGGCAGCUGGCCCCUGGAAUUCAAAUGGAUCUAUAAUGGCAGUGAGCUUACACAUUUCUCACUGGAAUACAGGUACCUGAUCCCCUCGCUCGACCGAUCGCAUGCUGGUCACUACCGCUGCAUUGUCCGCAACCGUGUGGGGGCUAUAAUGCAGUGCAGCACUGAAGUGCAGGUCGCCUAUAUGGGUGGUUUUGUGGAAGGUGAGAGGUCUCAAACCGUAUCCCAGGGCGAAGGCGCUCUCAUCCACGCUCCACAGAUACACAGCUUCCCCAGGCCCCAGAUAACCUGGUUCAGAGAUGGUCGUAAGAUUCCUUCAAGCAGCCGUAUUGCCAUCACCUUGGACAGCACACUGGUCAUCCUUUCCACAGUGGCCCCGGAUGCAGGACGCUACUACGCUCAAGCAGUCAAUGACAAGAAUGGAGAGAACAAAACCAGUCAGCCGGUGACUCUCACAGUGGAGAAUGUCGGAGGACCCGCCGACCCCAUUGCCCCCUCCAUCAUCAUCCCCCCGAAGAACACCAGUGUAACAGUGGGGAGAAACGAAGCUAUCAUGGAGUGUGUUGCCAAUGCGAGACCUCUCAUCAAAAUGAGUAUAACGUGGAGGAAAAAUGGGAUGUUGGUCAAUACGGGGGUCCGCGAUUUCGGACGUAGAUUGGUCAUCAGUUUACCAGCAGUCAGUGAUAGCGGCUACUACGAGUGUGAGGCGUCCCUCCGCAGCAGCAGCGUCCCCUCCGUCACCGCCGGCGCCUACCUGCACGUUCUUGAAUAUCCGCUGUUCAUAAAGGAACCGCCGACUCACAUCACCGCAGAAAUGGAGAAGGUGGUGGAUAUCCCCUGUCAGGCAAGAGGAACGCCACAGCCAGACAUAGUGUGGUACAAAGACGCCGUUCCCAUUAGCCCAGUGAAGAUCCCCAGGUACAGGGUAUUGGUGGGCGGCAGCCUCCAGAUCAAUGGCCUCCUGCCAGAUGACACAGGGAUGUUUCAGUGCUUUGCCCGCAAUCUUGCCGGAGAGAUUCAGACAAACAGCUAUCUGGCUGUUACAAGUAUUGCUCCUAAUAUCACAGCCGGCCCCUCCGACAGCGCCGUGAUUGACAGUAUGUCAGUUAUUCUGCACUGUGAGACCUCGGGAGCUCCGCGGCCAGCCAUCACCUGGCAGAAAGGUGAACGUGUCUUGGCCAGUGGUUCAGUCCAGCUGCCCAGGUUCACCCUGCUGGAGUCAGGCAGCUUGCUCAUUAGCCCCACCCACCUGUCUGAUGCUGGGACCUACACCUGCAUGGCCAGUAACUCCAGGGGGAUUGAUGAGGCCUCAGCUGACAUAGUAGUGUGGGCACGUACCAGAAUCACCAAACCACCUCAAGACCAAAGCGUCAUCAAAGGGACAAAGGCUGUUAUGACCUGUGGUGUGACACACGAUCCGAGUGUCACCAUAAGGUACGUGUGGGAGAAGAGUGGCUCGGUGAUUGACGUGAACUCAUCGCCCCGCCUGCGUCUGGAUCCCGACGGAACCUUGCACAUCUCCCAGACGUGGUCAGGGGACAUCGGUACAUACACCUGCAGGGUGACCUCAGUGGGAGGCAACGACUCCCACAGUGCCCACCUCCGAGUCAGGCAACUGCCGCAUGCUCCCGAGAACCCCAUAGCACUGCUGAGCACCACAGAAAAGAGGGCCAUCAACCUGACAUGGGCCCAGGCUUUUGAUGGAAACAGCCCCCUGAUCCGUUACAUUUUGGAGGUCUCAGAAAAUAAUGCCCCUUGGACGGUGCUUCUAGCUAACAUUGAGCCUGAGUCUACUGGGGUCACUGUCAGCGGCCUCAUCCCAGCACGUUCCUACCAGUUCCGUCUGUGUGCGGUCAACGACGUCGGCAGAGGCCAGUUCAGUAAGGAGACAGAUCGACUAACUCUCCCAGAGGAGCCGCCCAGUGCGCCCCCUCAGACAGUCAUCGCAAGCGGCCGCACUAAUCAGUCCAUCAUGAUCCAGUGGCAGCCCCCUCCAGAAACUCACCAGAAUGGUCCUCUCCAGGGCUACAUCAUCAGGUAUUGUCUGUCAGGGCUUCCAGUCGAUUGUCAGAUGAAAAACAUUACCAAUCCAGACCAGACCAGUAUCCUCCUGGAGGACCUCAUCAUCUGGACCAACUAUGAGAUUGAAGUGGCUGCCUACAAUGGAGCAGGAAGAGGCACCUACAGCCACAAAGUCACAGAGUGGACGCUGCAAGGAGUGCCCACUGUGCCACCAGGAAAUGUACAAGCAGAGGCUGUCAACUCCACCACUGUGCGUUUUACCUGGAGUGCUCCAAGCCCCCAGUUUAUCAAUGGAAUCAACCAGGGAUAUAAGCUCUUGGCAUGGGAACCCGGUCGUGCGAACGAGGUCACUAUGGUUACAGUGCGGCCCAACUUCCAGGACAGUGUUCACGUCGGGUACAUCUCUGGCCUAAAAAAAUUCACAGAGUACUUUACUUCGGUGCUUUGCUUCACCACCCCUGGAGAUGGCCCCCGAAGUCCUCCUCAGCGUUCACGCACCCAUGAAGAUACUCCAGGUGCUGUGGGACACCUUAGUUUCACCGACAUCUUGGACACCUCACUUAAAGUCAGCUGGAAGGAGCCACAAGAGAAAAAUGGAGUUCUGACAGGUUAUCGGAUAUCCUGGGAGGAGUUCAACAGGACCAAUACAAGAGUGACCCAUUAUUUACCCAACGUCACUCAGGAGUACAAGGUUACAGGGCUCACUGCCCUCACUACUUACACUAUUCAGGUGGCAGCUAUGACUUCCAAAGGCCAGGGACAGCUUUCCUCUUCCACCAUUUCCUCUGGCGUACCUCCAGAACUGCCUGGUCCUCCUACCAAUUUAGCUGUCUCUAACAUCGGCCCUCGCUCUGUAACUCUGCAGUUCAAACCUGGUUAUGAUGGCAAGACAUCUAUUUCUCGUUGGCAGGUUGAAGCUCAGAUUGGUAUAAUUGGAGAGAAUGAAGAGUGGCUAAUGGUACAGCAGCUGGCUAAUGAACCAGAUGCUAGAUCCCUUGAGGUCUUAGACCUGAACCCUUAUACGUUUUACAGGUUCAGGAUGCGUCAGGUCAACAUUGUAGGCACCAGUCCUCCCAGUCAGCCAUCCAGAAAGAUCCAGACCCUGCAGGCACCGCCUGACAUUUCCCCGGCAAAUGUUACCCUUCGCACAGCAAGUGAGACCAGCCUGUGGCUUCGCUGGGUGCCUCUUCCAGAGUGGGAGUACAAUGGCAAUCCAGAUCUUGUUGGUUACCGCAUCCAAUACUCCAAAGCUGGAACCAAAGGGUCUGUUCUGUCUCACACCAUCAUGGACCGUCUGGAGAGAGAAUUCACAAUCGAGGACUUGGAAGAGUGGAUGGAGUAUGAGGUCAGAGUCCAGGUCAUCAACGGAAUUGGCUCUGGACCGUGGGGUCAGGUUGUCCAUGGCAGGACCAGGGAGUCUGUGCCCUCCAGCGGUCCCAGCAACGUGUCGGCAUUUGCCACCACCUCCAGCAGCAUCCUCGUUCGCUGGGGAGAGGUCCAGGAAACGGACCGCAAUGGACUCAUUCUGGGCUAUAAGGUUGUGUAUAAGGAGAAAGAUUCGGACACAAUGCCCAACUUCUGGAUGGUUGAGGGCAACACUACUCACAGCGUGCAGCUGAGCGGUCUCGGCAAAUACGUCCUUUAUGAGAUCCAGGUCCUAGCCUUCACACGUAUAGGAGAUGGAAGGAGCAGCUCACCUCCCAUUCUUGAGAGGACCUUGGAUGAUGUGCCAGGGCCUCCAGUAGGCAUCUUGUUUCCAGAAGUCAGAACCACCUCGGUCAGGCUCAUCUGGCAACCUCCAGCGCAGCCCAAUGGCAUUAUACUGGCGUAUCAGAUCACAUUUAGAAGAAACUCCUCAAACAGCAACAGCGCCACUGUAGAUGUGCUGAGCCCCAGCGCACGGCAGUACACAACAACAGGACUGAAGCCAGAAAUGGUUUAUGUAUUCCGACUCACCGCUCAAACACGGAAAGGUUGGGGGGAGGCUGCUGAGGCCCUUGUUGUCACAACAGAGAAGAGGGCUCGACCUCAACCCACGAGCCGUCCCACAGUGCCUCAAGAAGAGGUCCAGGCUCGCAGAGUACUGUUGUCAUGGGAACCAGGCAGCGACGGCCUGUCUCCAGUUCGCUACUAUACAGUUCAGUACAAAGAGCUCCCAGAUAGCAACUGGACUGUCCACUCCGCUUCAGUCAGCCAUGAGACACACUCCUACAUAGUAGACAGGUUAAAGCCAUUCACCUCUUAUCAGUUCCGCGUUAAAGCCACCAAUGAUAUUGGAGACAGUGAGUACAGUGAGGAGAGUGAGGCCAUCACCACCCUGCAGGAUGCACCAGACAAAGCUCCAACAAUACUGUCUGUCACACCUCACACCACCACAUCUGUACUGGUCCGUUGGCAGCCCCCUUCUGAGGAUCAUAUAAAUGGAGUCUUGUUGGGGUUCCGGGUCCGAUACCGUGAGUUGCACUAUGACAGACUGCGCAGCUUUUCUGUGCGCACAGUAAACAGUCCCUCUGCAAACUGGGCUGACCUCACAGCUCCAUACAGCAUCAGAAACUUGAGUGAAUCCUCUCUAACACAGUAUGAACUGGACAAUUUGAGUAAACACAAACGCUAUGAGAUUCGUCUCAGUGUUUAUAACGCUGUAGGGGAGGGUCCUACCAGUGCACCACAGGAAGUGUUUGUCGGAGAAGCAGUCCCAACAGCCUCUCCCCAAAAUGUGGUGGUCCAGUCUUCCACAGCCACUCAGCUGGAUGUCACAUGGGACCCACCUCCUCUGGAUGCUCAGAAUGGAGACAUACAGGGAUAUAAGAUAUAUUUCUGGGAGUUUCAGCUCCAGAAUGAGACAGAGCGCCUGCGCACGCUGUUCCUGCCAGAGCUAGGGGUGAAGAUUAAAAACCUCACAGGCUACACCACCUACAUGAUCUGUGUGGCAGCUUUUAAUGCUGCAGGGGAUGGGCCCCGCUCCCUUCCCACCAGAGGGCGCACUCAGCAAGCAGCUCCAAGUGCUCCCAGCUACAUCCACUUCAGUGAGCUGACCACCACCUCUGUCAACGUGUCCUGGGGAGAGCCCAGACAGGCCAAUGGUAUCAUUGAAGGUUACCGCCUGGUUUACGAGCCCUGCACUCCAAUCGACGGUGUCAGUAAGAUAGUGACUGUAGAUGUGAAAGGCAGCGCUCCUUUGUGGAUGAAGAUCAAGGACCUGGCUGAUGGCGUCACCUAUAACUUUCGCAUCCGGUCUAAAACGCUCACCUACGGCCCUGAGGUGGAGGCUAACAUCACGACUGGCCCUGGAGAAGGAGCCCCAGGCCCCCCUGGGGAACCCUUUAUUUCCCGAUAUGGCGCUGCUCUUACACUGCAUUGGACAAGUGGGGACCAAGGUCGCGCACCCAUCACCAGAUACGUCAUCGAGGCCAGACCAUCUGAUGAAGGACUGUGGGAUAUUCUUAUCAAAGACAUUCCCAAAGAAGUGACUUCCUACACACUUAAUCUGGACAUGUUGAAAGAAGGCAUCACCUAUGAUUUUCGAGUAAUAGCUGUCAAUGAUUACGGCUAUGGCUCACCUAGCGCUCCCUCUCCCUCGAUAUCAGCCCAGAAAGUGUCUCCCUUCUACGAGGAGUGGUGGUUCUUGGUUGUUAUUGCUUUGGUUGGCCUCAUCUUCAUCCUCUUACUUGUUUUCAUCCUCAUAAUACGCGGCCAGAGUAAAAAAUACACCAAAAAGGCAGACUCAGGGAACCACUCGAGCUGCACUGCCAUGCCUCUGACACAUGGGGAGAUGGUGCGCCUGGAUGAGGGACGCUUCCCAGCACUGGAGCUAAACAACAGACGACUCUCUGUUAAAAAUUCAUUCUGCCGCAAAAAUGGCAUCUACACUCGAUCUCCUCCCAGACCCAGUCCUGGCAGUCUCCACUAUUCAGACGAAGAUGUCAGCACAAAGUAUAAUGACCUGAUCCCUGCAGAGAGCAGCAGUCUGACUGAAAAGCCUUCUGAAAUAUCUGAUUCUCAGGGCAGCGACAGCGAGUACGAAAUGGAUCAGAGCAGGCAGAAGACCCACUCCUUUGUCAACCACUACAUCAGCGACCCCACCUACUACAACUCCUGGAGGCGGCAGCAGAAGGGCGUCUCUCGCCCGCCGGCGUACGGCUACUCCCAGCCCGAGCCCGUGGUGGACCAGGAGUCCCGGCCGCACCCGCCGCCCGUGCCCCCUCUGCCCCCCCUCGUACCCCAGAGCGCACCAUCCCCACAGCCCCAGUGCCAGGGCCAGGGCACUCUGUUCAGGCCCAAGGGAAGCCGGACUCCCACCCCCUCGCUGCUGUCAUCCGAACCCCCCAGCCAGCACGGCACCCUCUACCGGCCCCCCAGCAGCCUGGGCUGUGCCCCUCAGGCACCUACCGCUGGCUUCUCCUCUUUUGUUUGACACGCAGCCCUCCUCCCAAUAACAGCAGGACCCUGAGGAUGAGGAUUUGUUCUUGUUUCUGUUUUUUUUAUUUCUUUGUAUUUUGGCUCUUUUAUUUUCAUCUCUCGUUCUGUCUUCCUGACAGAGUCAUUGCUCAGUACGAAACAUCGCAGGCAUCUUUAAUAGCGCUUUUUCCUAUGUGAAGAGUGUGUUUGUAUGACCGUGUUUAGUUGGUUAAUCUCUGCUAUGUGUAUUUCAUGGAAAGACAAUCAUUUACCAAUACUCUGAAUUUAUUUGACUCAACGACCAUGUGAACAAAGGGGAACCAAACUUAAUGUUCUGAAGGGGGGAAGAAAAAUCCUUGUUUAAAAUAUAAAGUACCAUUGCUUAUCAUGAGAGCUUUAUGAAAAACAACCACAUUAGAUCCAUAUAGAGUUUGGACCACUCGGCUUCCGGAGACAGGACAACGGAAAUCCAACUCUGAUGGAAUAAAUGUUUGACAAAGAACAAACUGAUAGUGAGGAGUGGACUCUGACUCGGAGAGAGGCACUAGUGCUCACUGUGGCACCUUGGCUGCCUUUGACUUUUUCACUCUGCCUAGUCGUUGUUUGAGCUGCCGUACGUGUUUAAUAUAUGUAACUGUCUCAUAUUGUUUACCAGGUAUUUAUAUCAAUCAGCUUCAAGCUCAACAUUUUCCAAACAUCACUAGUGACGAUGUUAAGAAUCACAUUAAAGCAUUGUGGCACCUUUAUAGUAGUCUGAGGAUGUUGAUUGUCCGCUGGUGCUCAUGUCAGUAGAUCUACAGCUUUCCUCAUGUGCAUCUGUUUGCUCUUAUCAUAUUUACAGAAAAUAACGAAUGCACAAAUCUUCAUUGAAAUGUGUUCUCAUUGAAACCACAUGAAAAUAUAUGCUAAAGCUGUCAAAGUAAGACCAGAGUACGUUACUUUUGUCAGGUUACAAAGAUGAAAAUAACAUAAAUGAAACAUGCAAAGAUUUCCUAAAGUUAACCAGGUUGUGUUUAUUUUCAUAACUAUAACCAAACAGGAUGCUCUAAUUGUUUCAAGAGUAAAAUGUGUCUUUUGUAAGCAAUGACAGCUUGUAUUGUACAUAGUCACAGCCUCACUGUGUUCACUGAAGAGGAGCUCUGCUAAAUUGUACUUCUAUGAUUAUUUAAAAGGUUCAUUUAUGGACAGACAACAACACAACACAUGUUUUAAGUGUGAAAGACAUCACCAGGAACUGUCACAUGAAGUGUAUUCAAAGUGUUACUGUGAACCGAGGCAAUUAUUUGAUUUUCUGAAACUAUUUUAUGCCUAGAGAACAAAAAUAAGUGCAAUAUGUCAUGUUUGUUUCAAGACUUUUGAACAUGCUGAUUCUUUACAAAAGUUGCAUGGACCAUGCCUAAUAAACUAGGCUAGUUUGUCAGUUGUCCAGUGAGAAAAUGCACACAGUGCACAAUCAAGGAAGCAGCAUGGACCUAUUCAUUGUAGCUCUCUGAAAUAAAUUAUUCUAUUUUCUGAUGACUUGUUUUCAUGAAUCAUCAGAAUGUUUUUGAAUGUGAUUAAAUGGUAUGUAGAACAAUUCAUUGGAAAAUUAGUCGGGGGAUUUAUAAUGCUGACAUAUGAGAGGAUUACUCGAGCCUUAUAAAUGUUGUAUAAACAAUAGUGUUAAAUAAAACAAGCCCUAUCAAACAUUGCAGACAACUAUUUCCCAGAUUUAGUCCUCCAUAGACCUUUUUGCUUGUAUGGGGAACAUAAAGUGAUUUCUGACACUUGAUCCCAAAGUGGAGGAUGACCUGAUUCUCUCAGCCGCAGUGUUCCAGAGACAUGCCUUAGAUGUGAAACAGUGUGAGUUCCAGGGAAGGAUUUGAAGAAAAGCCAGAUCUGGUGCAAGUAUGCUGAAAAUUGGAAGGAUGAAACAUGUGCCAGGGUAAUCUCUUUAUUUCAGGCCAGAAAACAUUGAUUUUGACAUAGCAAAUUUGGAUCAUGCCUGCAGAUUUCGAAGUAAAGCAGAUAGAAAGAUGCAGUGGGAAAAUUAUGACUAUAUGACUGAUGUUAAAUUGACAUAAAAGGGUGUAUAAAUAUGAAAUAUUGAACAACAUGCAGAUAGAAUUACUUCUCAGUUUCUGGUUUCAUUACAUUAAUUUUAGGAAAAUAAGUCUCCGGAGUGUUCAAUCAAGUCCAUGUACAACUCAAA